AUGCCACCAAAGGCCAAAGUCACGGAUGAUCACAAGGCUCAGUAUGCGGAAGUGCUAAAGCAGCUUCAAGCCAACGGAAGCUUAAAGGCAGCAACCGAGAAGCCCGCCCCUCCACCGAAGAGAAAGCCAGGCCGCCCAAGGAAGGAGCCCACAGCCGAGGAAGAACAACCAGCAAAGAAAGCACGAACUGCAGCUCAACCCGAGGAGGAGAAGCCAGCAAAGAAAACCAAGGCAGGUAAGUCGACAGAAGCCCCACCCGAGGAGGAGAAGAAGCCCGCCAAGAAGACAAAGGAGAACAAUGCAGCAGAACAAGUGCAAGACAAGCCCGCAGCCCCCACCGAGGAAGAGAAGCCAGCAAAGAAAGGAAAGACCAAGACCGCAGCCACCACCGAGGAAGAGAAGCCAACAAAGAAAGGAAAGGUAGAGAAGACCGCAGCCCCCACCGAGGAAGAGAAGCCAACAAAGAAAGGAAAGGUAGAGAAGACCGCAGCCCCCACCGAGGAAGAGAAGCCACCAAAGAAAGGAAAGGUAGAGACCGCAGCCCCGACCGAGGAAGAGAAGCCAACAGAGAAAGGAAAGGUAGAGAAGACCACCGAGAAGCCCACAAAGAAGCAAAAACCAGGCAAGACUGCUGGCGAUAAGAAGCCCAAGGGUAACGCUCAGGGUAAGCAGGACCCCGAUGACAAGGAUUCUGAUUAUGAUGCUCUGGCCGUAGAAGAGUUCUAUGACAGUGAGCUGGGCAUCAUGGUGAGCUGGAAGAACGUCGACAAGGUUGUGGAGGCAGUCAUGAAGCUGCACCCGCACGAGACGCCCGAUGGUGUCAAGCUGGGGCUUACAGAGAUACUGGGCCCAUGUCCAGCCGAUAUCUGUGCUGAUGAGAGGCACCCGGGUUGCAAGCUUACCGACAAGAUGGCCAAUGCUGGUCGACAGGCUACGCCUCCCAAAGUUUCUGUAGCCGAUGACGAACUACGUGAUUUGCUUGAGGAGCUGGAUGAGUCUGCUUCGCAAGUGAUUGCGGAGUCGGCCCCAAAGGAGGAGGUGUCAGUGUUGCUUAACCAAUUGGUUGCAAAGAAUCGCGCUUUGCAAAAGCAGUUGGAUGAACGAAGCUCCGACAAGACAAGCAGCACAAAACCGCCAGCACCGAAGCCCGAGCCAACCCCUGCCACAACGGAUAAUUUGAAAGCAGCCACCAACGAGGGAGAAGAAAGUGAAGAUGAAGAUGAAGAUGACGAUGCUGAUGAAGAUAAGGAGAGUGAUGGGGAUGGUGAGGCAGCAUCUUCGAUCAAAACCCCGCCGCCCAAGCCCAACCAUGGAGAAAAGCCAACCCCAGCUGCCCCCGAGGCCAAGGAAACUCCGUUUGCCAAUGCCAACUCCAGUACCCACAGGGCCGAGUGGAUGUCUUUCGGGAGAAGAAUGGAAGCCCCAGAUGCAGCCACCAAGUUUCCCGAAAUCAUGGUUCUGUGGAGCUCAUCAAGAGAUGACAAGCUAAAGGUGUUUCGGGACUGGUUGUCCAAGAACAGAAACUACCAGGACACGGAGUCCCACAUGUUGUUUCUUCGAGAGAAGGAAUUCAAGGGCAAGAGGGAGUGGGAAUGCUUGACUAUCUUGGAGAUGGUCCAGCGAAACUUCAGUUCGCGCGGCACCGAGCAAUUCUAUGGUAUUGUAAUACUCAUGCAUGGGGUGCAUGCUUCUAUGAAUGAUUGUGCAAAUCUUAAACUAAGGGCCAAGAUUGAGGCUGCCGUCCGGAAGCCUGGAAAUGGUGUCCCUGACGAAGACUGCCCCGACGACCCAGAAUCCACCCGUUAUUGGACCAAGACGAAAAUGGUGCAGACCGAGAGCGACACUACCAAGCAAAGCCUGCAGACCAAAACCUCCUUCCAAGCUACCCCCGAGGUGGCCAAUGCUAUGUUCAUGAACCAAGGUGUAGCGCCCGUAUCGAAGGAUGCCAGUACUUUGGUAAACAAGGGCAGAGACGAGUCUCUGCAGCUCAUCAAAGAUCUGAAAGCUUCGGGCAAUGGAGGAUCCGUUGUCAGUCGUGCUUCGGCCAAGGGCAAGGCGAAAUCCAAGAGCAGGCAUGUCGCCGCCAAAACUCCGAAGGAGAUGGCGGAUGAUGUACGCAAAGAGAUCAAGAAGGAGCUGCAGGCGGGCAACAUCGCCUUGGACCUCCCCAAAGGCCACGACCUACGUAAGAAGAUGGCCAACCACGAAAGCGAGCUGAAAGAAUCACUCGAAAGGAUCAAGGAGUACGACGAUCUCGAUGAAGAAGAUCAGAAGGAGAUGCUUGCUGAGAUCGAAAGUCAGGUCGAAGAGGCGAAGCUCACCCGUGUACAAGCACGAGCCGUGGCCACCGAGAUCAAGAAGGGCAACAGCUGA